AUCCCCAACAUUACAAUGCUUUUUGAUUGGAUGCGGCGUCAUGGAAAAACUAAUAUUGCUUCCUACAGCAGUUACAUAAAGUUUGUGGGGAGGGAUUCUAAUGCUGCGAAGGCCUUAGAGAUAUACAAUAGCAUCAAAGAUGACUCUACAAGGAGCAAUGUAUCUGUUUGUAACUCCACACUAAGUUGUCUAAUUAAAUGUGGCAAGUUCAACAGCAGCCUCAAGCUAUUUAAUCAAAUGAAGCAAGCUGGUCUCAUACCUGAUAUUGUAACUUAUAGUACGCUACUUUCGGGUUGUGCCAAGGUCAAAGGUGGUUACUCUAAGGCAAUGGAACUGGUCCAUGAAAUGAAAUCCAGGGGAUUGAGUAUGGAUGAUGUACUGUACGGAACACUAAUAUCAGUUUGUGCUUCAAAUAAUCAAUGCGAAGAAGCGGAAAAAUACUUUGAUGAGAUGAAGUCAGAAGGAAAUUUACCUAAUGUCUUUCACUACAGCUCUUUGUUAAAUGCAUAUGCUAUUGAUGGGAAUUAUAGGAAGGCUGAUAAAGUAAUUCAAGACAUGAGAUCUGCAGGAUUAACUUUGAACAAGGUCAUUCUCACAACUCUGCUGAAAGUAUAUGUUAGAGCAGGGCUAUUUGAGAAAUCAAGAGAACUGCUAGAUGAACUGCAAGCUUUAGGCUAUGCUGAAGAUGAGAUGCCAUACUGUUUGCUGAUGGAUGGCCUUGCUAAGUCUGGGAAACUUGUAGAGGCUAAAAUAGUUUUUGAUGAAAUGAGGAGAAAGGAAGUGAAAAAUGAUGGUUACUCCUACAGCAUAAUGAUUUCAGCCCUCUGCCGUGGCAAACUGAUUGAUGAAGCAAAACAGCUGGCUAGUGAAUUUGAGAUGAAGUAUGACAAAUACGAUGUGGUUAUUUUGAAUUCAAUGCUAUGUGCCUAUUGUAGAUCAGGUGACAUGGAGAAUGUAAUGAAGAUGAUGAAGAAAAUGGAUGAUUCAGCAAUUAGUCCUGAUUGGAGUACCUUCAAAAUUUUAAUAAAAUAUUUCUGCAAGGAGCAGCUGUAUUUACUUGCCUAUCGUACAAUGGAGGAUAUGCACAGCAAAGGUCACCAGCCUCUGGAGGAUCUCUGUGUCUCUUUGAUGAAAUCUCUGGGUUCAAUGGGUGCAUAUUCAGAAGCAUUUUCAGUAUAUACUAUGCUGAAAUAUAGCAAGAGAACGAUGAAUAAGGCCCUUCAUGGAAAAAUUUUACACAUUUUACUUUCAGGUGGACUUCUUAAAGAAGCAUAUCUAGUUGUCAAGGAUAAUGCAGAGUUAAUCCCUAAGCCAGCCAUUAAGAAGUUUGCUAUCUCCUUUAUGAGGAACGGCAACAUAAACUUAGUAAAUGAUGUGAUCAAAUCUAUUCACAACUCAAACUACAAGAUUGAUCAGGAUAUAUUUCACUUGGCCAUUUCCCGUUACAUUGAGCAACCCGAAAAGAAAGACCUGCUUCUUCAUUUGCUACAGUGGAUGCCUGGUCAAGGUUAUGCUGUUGAUUCAACUACAAGUGAUAUGAUACUCAAGAAUUCACACUUCUUUGACCAGUCAAUUGCAGAAUUAAUGUAUAAGCAUCAUACCGUGUUGAAGACAAAUAAAUUACGUAGAGAGGAGCAACGGACGAACAUGAGUUCUUAGCGUUUAAGGUGUGCUUUUGAUAUGAUCGAGAAUAAAGAUAUGCAUGAUAUUUAGGCGUUACCUUUAUCCUAGGAAUUUGUUCCUUUCUUGGCUGGGGUUCGUCCCAAUCUUUUCUCUAUCAAUUUCAGUUUUCUGUAUUUUAUUCCAGAUUUCUUUAUCUAUGGUUCAAUAUGUUUCGUAUGCAGCUAUCUUUUCGAAUGCAUAUCAGCUUAAAUUUAA